AUGCGAAUAGGCAGAGUUGGGAGACAUGCGCCAGUUUCGGUUGAAUUGAACAACGUCUUGUCAGAAAUAGACUAUGAAAUUAUAAAACAUAGAUUUGUUAGUCAAGAUUCUGAAUUAAUGAAUGUUAUAAAAAAUGUAAUUGUCAAACCAUUGAAUGAAUGCUGCAAAACCAAAUUAAAAAGACUGGAUGAUGAUGAUCUCAUAUUAAUAUGUGAAAGAAGUAAAGUAAAUUAUUCAUUAUGGCAGAAAGAAAGGCAGUUUUGUGUGACAGGUUCAAGAUGCUAUGAAUUAUAUAUGUACACAUAUAACAAAAAUCCAAAUUGGAAAAAAAAGUGCUAUGAUUAUUUUUAUCCAGUGAAUUUUAAAAGUGAGUUCACCGAGUACAGGCGAAAGACUGAGUCCAGUGCAAGAAAUGCAUUUUCAAAAGCAUUACACCAAAAAGUUAUCGAAAUUGGAUUUGUUAUCUCAAAACAAAACCCUUGGCUAGCGUAUUCACCUGAUGGGAUAAUUGUUAAUGAUGAUAAGCCAAUGGAGUUGCUCGAAAUAAGGUGCCCGUACAAGAGGCUACACGUAAGGUUAAAAGAAAAGCAUAAAUAUUAUGCUCAAGUACAAAUGGGUAUGGCUGUGCUAAAUUUGAAAAAUGCUCAAUUUGUGAUCUACGAUUCUUAUGAUAAAAGUAUUAUAACCAUAAAUGUACCUUUUAAUGAAAGUUUUGAGAUGAGCAUGUUAAAAUCUUUAAAAGAAACUUACUACAAUAUUAUGUUACACGAG